GGAGCUAGAAGUGGGACGGUAUUUGGGAGGCAUGAGUGGUACGGUCCGUCAGAUCAGUGUGGUGUUGGACCCGAGCAUCCCCUAUUUCCUGCGGGUGGACUGGGCCGAAGACCUGGGUGCUGGGUUCACUCUCGCCCUCAGUGACGGCAGCUCGUCCUGGAUCGGAGAAGUACCAGAGGAGGAGAUGAUGAGGAAAGCCACAGAGUUGGGAGUGAAAAGGGAGAAAUAUGUGGAAGAUCUUCAUCAGGCACUGACCGGAGGAGGAGAAAGCAGAAGAGGAAGAGGAGGAGUGGCAGAAAAGGAGGAGUACCUGUUCCACCUCUCCUCUGACCACGGUUGUCUGUCGUAUGACAAGAAGACCCAGAGAGGCGUUUUGGUGAACAUGGGUGCAGUGGAGCUGUACCCUGCCCCUGUGGAUCUCAACAGGGAGAUGAUAGCCCACACUCUGGAGCACAGCGCUGACCUGGAGGCAGAGAACAGACGGCUGCAGGAGAGGAAUCAGACACUCCGGCAGGAGCGGGAGCACCUCCUUGCAGAUCUGGAGAAGCAUGUCCAGGAGAUGGAGACGAUGGAGGGAGACCUGUUCUCUCGUUUCAUCAUGCUGCUUAAUGAGAAGAAGGCCAAGAUCAGGGCCCUGCAGGACACCAUCAGACACGUCCAACAGCAGCUGGACCAGGGGGUGGAAGAGCAGGAGAACCACCGGGUAACUGGGGUAACUGUCAAAUCCAAGGCUGGCGACAGCAUUAAGGAGGAGGAGGACCUGCCUCAGAGCUUCCACCCAUCUCAGGCACCCACAGUGCUCAUCAGAGACAUUUCAAGCCAGACGAGCUCUAUGGAGGACACUGUGCGUGACAGCAAAGAUGUGUUGCCCAGCCGCAAGCAUGGGCUCUGUUACCACCAGAGCCCAGAGUUAAAGGUUAAGAAGCCCUCUCCAGACCAGAAGUAAACUCACAGGAUGUUGGUGGGCGGAGCCGGGAGGGUCGUCAGCAAAAUGGGACACACCUGGGCUCGGUUGUGUCCCGCGAUAAAUACACCUCUUCCCCAUUUAUUGAGGAGACUCACUCCAUGCAGACACUGAUAGAUUUUUGUUGUGGCAUUUUUGUGGUCGUUUUGUAUGUUUGCUUUGGCACUUUCAACACCCCUCAUUAUCACAUUUAUGCACGCACACUCACUUACACUACUGAUUA